AUGGCUUCGCAAGACACCGUGUCAAGAAAGCUCGUUGUGCUGGGCAUACCGUACAGCAUGGACACGGAGGGCCUCCGCGAAUACAUGGAGAAGUUCGGCGCGCUCGAUGACGUCAUCGUGCUCAAGGAUCGGAGCACCGGGCGGUCUCGAGGGUUCGGAUAUGUCACGUUCAGCCUCCUCGCAGACGCGCAGAGCGUGGCGCAGAUGAAGCACACGCUGGGAGGCCGGCAGCUGGAAGUCAAGACAGCCACGCCCAAGGAGGAGAUGUCCAAGGGCCCCAAGGUGUCGUCCACACGCAUUUUCGUCGCGCGCGUGCCCACCACUGUCACGGAAGACAGAUUCAAGAGGUACUUCGGAGCGUUUGGCAAUGUCACCGACUGCUACAUGCCCAAGGGCCAUGGGUCCAACCCGCAUCGCAACAUAGGCUUUGUGACUUUUGACGACGCAGCGUCGGUGGACAAGGUGCUGGAAGAGCCACGGGAGCUGGAUGGAGCCACACUCGCCAUCGACAGAGCCACGCCUAAGGACGAAGGGCCAAGGGGCGGUGGAGGGGGCUACCGCGGAGCCCCAGCGCGUCCCUUCCGCGCGUACCCCCCGGGGGCCAUGGCGCUGCCCAUGUCGCCCUUCGACUUCAUGCCCCCCAUGGCCGCCUUCGCCUCUGCCUACCCCGCCUACCCCCCCGCCAUGCUCUACGGCGCGCCCAGGGACCCCACCUAUGGCGCGCCUCCCCCUCCUGCUGCUCCGCAGGGGCAUGGGGGGGCGGGUGGACAGGGGUAUGGGGGAGGAGGCGGGGGGAGGGCGGUGCAUCCGACGAAGAUAUUUGUGGGGAAGCUGCCGCAUGACGCCACUGUGGGGGACAUUCGCGAGUACUUCGGGCGGUUUGGACCCGUGGAGGACGUUUACCUGCCCAAGGACUCGGCCAAGGGAGGGCACAGGGGGUUCUGCUUCGUGACGUUCCUAGAGGAGGAGGUGGCAGCCUUCGUUGCCAAGAGGCAGCACGAGAUCUGCGGCCGCACUGUGGCAGUGGAGAGGGCAACGCCACAGGAAGGCGCUCCCCCGCCAGCCCCCUCCUCCGCCGCAUACCUGUCCGCCGCGUACGCGCCUGCCCCCUCCGACCCCUCUCUGGGGGCCUCCUCAGGGCCCAGGAGCCCUGGGGGAGCAGCAGCAGCGGCGGCAGCAGCGCAGGGGUAUUACAUGGCAGCAGCACAGCAGGCGUAUGGGCAGGCGCCUGCUCCUGCUGCCGAGUAUGGGCAAGCCGCGUACAACAGUGCAGCAUACGGUGACCUGGCAGGCCCACCGGGAACCUUGCCUGCUGACAGGGGUGCCUCCAGGGGUGACCUGCGCUACCGCCCCUACUGA